AUGGUUGCAAGUGUUAAGAGAACUGUCCGUGUUAAAACGAGUCAACAUAUCCUCCCAGAUGUCCCUCCUGUGGAAAACUUUCCUGUUCGUCAGUGGUCUAUAGAGAUCGUCUUACUAGAUGAGAAUGGAAAUGAAGUACCAGCUACUAUUUUUGAAAAGGUGAUAUACCACUUACAUCCGACAUUCGCUAACCCUAAUAGAACAGUAACAGAAAUUCCAUUCAGAAUUGAAGAACAAGGUUGGGGCGGUUUCCCAAUGGAUAUUAGUGUAUUUUUCUUAGAAAAAGCAGGUGAAAGAAAAGUUCCACAUGAUUUGAAUUUCCUUCAGGACUCCUACGAGACGGACCAUGUUGUUCAAGUUCCUUUGAAUAAGCCAUUACUACUGGCAGAAUUAGAAAAAAGUGGUAGUGUGGAAGAAAACCCAACAACCAGUGCUAAGAGAAAAACAUCCCUUACAGGUACAAUUGAACCAAAACCAAAGAAAGCUAAGACAGCUACAGUAUCCACUAUGAGAGGUAAUGUUGAUCUCGAGAAGCUUGCUCUUGGAUUAACAAAAUUGAAUGAGGAUGAUUUGGUUGGUGUAGUUCAAAUGAUAAGUGAUAAUAACACACCUGAGAUGAAUGUAACAAAUAAUGCAGAUGAUGGUGAAUUUAUUGUGGAUUUAUAUAGUUUACCUGAUGGGUUAUUAAAAAGUUUAUCUGACUAUGUAAAGAAAAACACUGUAUAA